AGAAAUAGCUAAUAAUGACUGUUAUUUUUUGUGUUGCCUUGCUUAAAUUCUAUCCAGAUGAUAAAGACAUUGACAGUUCUAAAUAAAAAAGGGCAAACUUGAAAAAGGAAUAUUUCCAUUUUCUAAAACAUGUUUUAGAGCCCCAACUCCUGUGACACUUUCUUUAUCGCAGCCCUGUGGCGUCCGCAGGUCACCCAGAUACAUCGAUUCGACAUGCCGGGCGACAGUGGCGUCGUCGUCAAGCCAAACAGAAGCAGCAGCGGCAGUGAGGCGGCAACUGGCAAAGCAACCAGUCAUAAGCCAAAGCCAAAGCCAUAGUCAUCCGCCGGCGACGAGGAAGAGGACAACUCAGCACCCGAGCUAGAAACGCUGGCAUACGCUUUGUGUAGCCAAUUAAUAUGCACAGGAUUUAAUUAGCCAUAGAAUCCGGACGGAGGGAGACGGGGGCUAGAAUGCGACCCAUUUGGGAGUCGGCCAGCAGGCCGCUGUUUGUGCGCUCCGUGUGGCAGGAGGCGAUCGGGAGGCGCCACUUCAUCCUCGACUACGAGCCGCGACAGAGGCAGCGCUGUAAGCGCCAGAAAACCAGGCUGAGAGGCAGCGACCAGCAGUCGCAAUCCUGCGAGUUCUACGAGCAGUCCACGGAGGACAGCGAGGAGUACCUGGACGAGUACCUGCUACUGGACGCCACCAAGCUGACGCUGCAGCAGCAACAAUCGCUGCCCGCCUUGGGUGGGCGGCCGGGCCCCGCCCCCUCGUUGGGGGUCGGUCAGCGGGAUCAGCGGCACAACAGUCGCCAGUCGAAGCGUCGAGCCUGGCUGCUCAGCCGCGGGCGCACCUAUCACCUGGAUCACCAGAUGGACCAUCAGUCGCGUCGAAGCUCCUUGCAAGAUGCAGCCAGCAGUCUAACCACUACGGCCAACAAUCCCGAGGAGCGUCUGGCCGAGAGGGUGCUCCAUUGGCUGGAUUUGGCCGGACGCACGGACAUAGUGAAGGAGGCGGUGCCGGUGCCCAGUCCACCAGUGGCCACCAGUAGUGCCCAGUUGGCCAGAUCCGCUCACAGGCUGCAGCGCAGUCAGCAUCGCAGCAUGAGUCUCAAGCGAGUGGCGGCGGCGGCAGCAAAUCACCAGCGAUCGGUGGCCAGAAAGCCCAUCGCCAAGUCACCACCUUCUGCCCCGCCCGUCACCACGCCCCCCGCCCCUGCCUCCGCCUGCGCCACCAAUACCAAUGCCAAGCCCAUAACCAUAAUCUUCAACAAGGAGGGUGUACCAGUGCGUUUAAAUAGACCCGCUCGCAACAUCGAUCUGUGCACCCUGAGCAGCAGUGCCAGCACCACGCGAAGAUUGGCGGGUCAACUGGCCUCGGCCCGCCUGUACAGUGGAGCCAGUGCAUCCCCGCUGACGGAGGACAGCCGCACGCCGCCGCUCAGCAGUCGGGGAAUGGCGUCGGCCACCUCGGAUAGCCGGAAACAACUGCACAUCUUCAUGCCCAGCCUCCCGAAGAAGGGUUUGCUGGCAGCGGGAUCGGCGGCUGGCAGUGGCAUUGGGGGUUCUGGCGAGGAUGCCCUGAGCACCAGCUUCAGUGAGCUUUGCCAGCUGUAGACAGCCUCAGUCUAGUUAGUAAAUUCUGAUUUUAAUUUGUACUCUACAAUAUGAUAAAACUUUACAAAGUUUUAAAUAAACGUUAUGCAAUUUAUUUUGAAAACACAGUUCUAUUUGAAAAUAUUCAUGCCG